CUCGGCGCGUGCUGCCUGCCUGUCGCGACCCGGCUUCUGGCCUCAGGUUUGACCCCGCGCCCCACGCCAUGCCGAGGGAGAGGAGGGAGAGGGAUGCCAAGGAGCCGGACGGCAUGAAGGAGGAGAGUGGCGCCGAUGUCUCUGCUCACUCCAGGAAGAGGAAGGCAAACGUGGCCGUUUUUUUGCAGGAUCCAGAUGAAGAAAUUGCCAAAAUCGACAGGACCGUGAGAAGCCAGAGUGGCAGUCAGCCCUGGGACGGCCACGCAGCCUGUGAGAACCCGUGCUCCCUGAUCCCCACGCCGGACAAGGACGAGGACGAGCCGGGGUACCCGGGCUCCGCACACAAGCCCCCCAUCGCCAGGCCAGCCCGGGCCUCGCCCCUGCCUGCGCUGAACUGGGCAAAUCGAGAGGAGGUUUGGAAAAUCAUGUUAAACAAGGAAACGACCUACUUGAGGGACAAGCACUUUCUGCAGCGGCACCCUCUUCUGCAGCCAAAAAUGCGAGCGAUUCUUCUGGACUGGCUGAUGGAGGUGUGCGAAGUCUAUAAACUGCACAGAGAGACGUUUUACUUGGCCCAGGACUUCUUCGAUCGAUACAUGGCGACACAACAAGACAUCGUGAAAACGCUUUUACAGCUCAUUGGCAUCUCCUCUUUAUUUAUUGCUGCCAAGCUGGAGGAAAUCUACCCCCCCAAGUUGCACCAGUUUGCUUAUGUCACGGACGGGGCGUGUUCGGGAGAGGACAUUCUUACCAUGGAACUAAUCAUCAUGAAGGCUCUUAAGUGGCAUUUAAGUCCCCUGACCAUCGUGUCCUGGCUGAACGUGUACAUGCAGGUGGCCUACCUGAACGACUUGUACGAAGUGCUCCUGCCUCAGUAUCCCCAGCAGGUCUUCAUCCAGAUUGUGGAGCUCCUGGAUCUCUGCGUCCUGGACAUUGGCUGCCUGGAGUUUUCCUACGGCGUCCUUGCCGCCUCUGCGCUGUACCACUUCUCCUCAUCCGAGCUGGUGCAGAAGGUCUCAGGCUACCAGUGGAGCGACGUGGAGAAGUGCGUCAAGUGGAUGGUCCCCUUCGCCAUGGCCAUAAGGGAGAUGGGGAGCUCGAAGCUGAAGCAGUUCCGGGGCGUCCCGGCCGAAGACGCCCACAACAUUCAGACCCAUCUGAACAGCUUGGACCUGCUGGACAAAGCCCAGGCCAAGAAAGCCUUGCUGUCCGAGCAGAACAGGGUCUCCCCGCUCCCAUCUGGCCUCCUCACCCCGCCCCCGAGCGGCAAGAAGCAGAGCGGCGACCAGGAAGCAGCGUGACACU